AUGGAAUCAGACCGUCCCACUGCCCCUGUCUCACCCAGAUCUCCUGUCCGACGGAGACCCCAAGCCUGCGAGAGGUGUCGGAAACGCAAGCAGAAGGUCUUGGCCGAUGACCCACGUGCGACCGACUUUUACCGGCAUGCACGGCCUGCGCCGAGGCUGCAGUCCCAUGCGGUGCUCGCAGAGUACCUCUGGGAGCCAGCACAGAAGAAGGGAGCGGCAUUUCCCAUGCUGCUCUACGUUGAGUCGCUUAAGAGGAAGUCGGAUGAAUUGGACAGUCAGGUUCGACGACUACGCGCACGCCUGGGCGGUGAUACGUCUGUUGAGACGCAUCACACGCCUACGCAACCUAUGGAUUCUACACAACCGCCUGAUUUUUCUGACCAAACACCCAUGUCCGAUCAUACCGAAAGAUCGGUCCAAGCUGCCAUGGGGGAGAUUGGAUUUUUGUCUCGCAGUGCCAUGGCCGAGCCAAGGGACGAAACUCGAGCUUUUCCACAAGAGUUAGCGAUGAACAAUAUGGUUCACGCCGCUCUUGCAGUUCCAGACACGCCCUCGCUACUACACUCAUGUGUUACUGAUAGUCGACGAUUAUUCAGCUCGAGAGUGCAUGGCACCGACAUACUGACUCGGGAUAUUGCAACGCCUUAUCUGGAAAUUUUCCUAGACCAUCUAGGGAUGAUGUUUGUGCACAUUGACUCAGCGGAGACAAAGGAGCAUUUCUUUGCGUUCUUUGAUACCUCAACAGAAGGGUCUAGCGAUGAGACUUCUACAGAUUCAAGUUCUGCAUACAGGCAUUUUCAAGUCUACAUGAUAGUGGCUAUCGGAAUGAUGCUUUCUCCUGAUCCAGGUAUUCACCUGCUUGCAAUCAACGUAUACAACAUAGCGCGGGAAAAGCUUCAUACCAUUAUGGAAUCCUGUGACAAUCUCACGACACUUCAUUGUAUGAUACUGCUAGUCUUUAAUUCAACGCUCAGUCCUUUUGGAGGAUCCACCUGGCAUCUCCUCGGGCUCGCAAUGAAUAAAUCCAUCCUGCUUAGGCUUCACAAAGAGCCUAAUCUGGAAUCCGGCAUAUCAGCCGAAGAGAUGAAUCGCAGGAGAAAUAUUUUCUGGAGUCUCUACACAAUUGAUCGGAUACUGGGGUGUGUGAUGGACCGGCCUUUUAGUAUCCAGGACGAUGAUAUAUCUCUCAAGUCCCCAAUCCUUGGCACGACUCCUAAUGGCGCAUUUAACUACUAUGUAGUGAUGCACGCCAGGUUGAUGUCGUCCAUGCGUAACUCUCCACAUCAACGCCCGGUCUUCUAUUAUACCAAUAUAUGCCACUGGCGACAUAUGGUGACAACUUCAAAAGAAAUUCCUGACACAGGAGUCAUUCCUUCCGUCUCUGUCAAACAACUCACAUGCAGGGCGUUGAUCCAGCUUGUCAAGCUUGGGGGCUUUAUAAGUUCUAGAGACAGUGUGAUGGGCGAUGGUCAGACGAUUAAACAAGACGCAAUCUCAACUUGCCAAGAAUACAUAAAUGAGGAGUAUCGUCGCUCAGAGCAGGGGUUGUUCUCUGGGUCUUUCAUUGUUGGCCUCGACAUUUUCUCCGCAGGUGUAAUUGGAAUCUUGCUUCCAUUGACAUCAAUGCUAAGGGCACCUUCUCUGGACCCCAAUCUCGGUAAUAAAUGCACUUCAUUGUUGACAAUACUUGGAGAACGGUUUAAAUCUCUUAAAGCACUGUGCAGAGUUAUUUGGGUUUUGUCCAAUGUUGCUUUGCAAGGCUGGAUCGACGAGUCGAUACUCGAUGAUUUCCCAGAAACUAUUCCCGACGGGAUAUACACGAUGAUUGUGGAAUUUCUCCGACAGGCGCAUGUGGAUUUGAAACCUAUUUCAAUGGGUGCCUGCUUCCUACCAGAAUACCUAGUGUCUUCAUUUGACAAAGCAAGUAUCAUGGCGCCCGGAAUCAUCGAAACCCCUUCCUCGGCUGGUCAGUCGACCUCCAGCUCCAAGUCUACCGUCUACGCCCUUGACACAUUUCAUCCCAAGGCUAUAUCACACGCCGAAACACUCUUCAACGUCAUUCAUCCCCAUGACGAGGAUUUCAAGAACUGGAGGCAAAAUGCUAGGGCCUUGCUCGUGCGGGGUUCCUACGUCACGGCCGACGAUAUCGCCAGCUGCCCGAAUUUGGUCGCCAUUGGCAAGCAAGGCGUGGGGAUUGAUAAAAUCAACCAAGAGGCUUGCGCUGAACGAAACAUCAAAAUCCUCAACACACCUGGAGCCAAUGCUCGCGACGUUGCCGAGCUCGUCGUUACCCUCGCCCUGUCCGUAGCACGAGGCAUCCGAUCGAUUACCACCCGUCAGAUGGUCAAGCCGGUACCAAAGGAGACCUGCAAUGGGUUGACUUUGUAUCAAAGAACUGUCGGAAUUAUCGGCAUGGGUAACAUCGGAAAGACCGUGGCGGAAAUCUUUCGAGGCGGGUUCGACGCUAAAAUCAUUGCUUACGAUGCAUAUAUGCCGGAUAAUGCUUGGCCGCAUAUUCCUCACACCCGAGCGACGAACAUCGAUGAAGUCUUGACCGGCGCCGAUAUUCUGUCUCUACAUGUUCCGCUCACCCACGAGACUCGAAAUAUGAUCUCUUACCCACAACUUCGGAGCAUGAAGCCCGACGCUAUUGUGAUUAAUGCGGCUCGAGGCGGGAUUGUCAACGAGGCCGAUCUGACAACGGUGUUGUCGGAAGGACAUUUAUGGGGCGCGGGUCUUGACUGUCACGAACAAGAACCACCAAGCCAUGAGAAUUAUGGCGCUCUGUGGGAGAAUCUGAAUGUUAUCAGCACGCCGCACAUCGGGGCCGCAACUACGCGAGCGCAAGUCGCAAGCGCCACGGCGGCCGUGGACAAUCUGUACCAUUACUUGGCUGAGUUGUAA